GCUCUCCGCACUCUGCGCUCGCCGUGUCCGGCUCGGUCUCCCAGGUUCGGGGCUCAUGGAGGCGGCGCCCAGCACCCAGGGGUUACCCCGCGCCUUCCUCCACAGCCUGCGCACCCUGUUCGACAUCCUGGACGAUGAGCGCCGGGGCUACGUGCACAUCCAGGAGAUCGAGAGCCGCUGGAGGGGGGCGGACACCCGCGAGCUGCCCCCCGGGGUGCUGCUGUGCCUCAGGAAGGUGGCGCCCCCCGACGGAUACCUCACUUUCGACCGAUUCGUUCUGGGUCUCCGGACUUCAAUGCUGAACUCUCAGAACAGGGAGAACUACCAGGUGGGGGCGCCCGGAGCUCCGGCCAAAGCACCUGGGAAAGUGGGGUACACCUGCAAGCCCCAACCUCUGGGGGUGCGCUACGUCAACGGCACCCACCCCGGCCGCAGUGCUGAGGGGGACGGGACCACCGGCAGGACAGCAGGAGAAGGAGCGAAGCCGAUGUGCAGGUCGCACAGCGAAUCGACGAGCCAAGGCCUGGCGGACAAGUGCCGGCACCAGCGCAGCCGCGGCGAGCACCGACGACACACCAUUACUAAUGGAGUGGACUACACCCUGCUGAAGAGGAUGAAGGAGAUGGAACAUGAGAAGGAUCUUCUGCUGCAGGGACUGGAGCUGGUGGAGCGGGCACGGGACUGGUACCUACAGCAGAUCCAUAAUGUGCAGGAACAGCAGAGGAACCUGGCAAAAACGGACCCCUGCAGCGAGGGUCACCAGGGGCCCCUCAACCAUCUGCUCCCCAAACUACAGGAUGUGAAUCGAUGUCUGAGCGAACUGAUGACUCCAUGCAAGGCGGCUGUACACUCCUCAUCAUCCUCCUCCUCCUCUGCGCCUGCCGCAAACCUCGUCCCUGGGCAGCAGCAAGCGCUGAAUAUGCUGAAGGAUCAGAAUCGGCUGCUCACAAAGGAAGUGUCGGAUAAGAGUGACCGCAUCACCCAGCUGGAGCAGGAGAAGUCGGCUCUAAUCAAGCAGUUGUUUGAGGCGAGGGCCCGAAGUCAUCAGGAAACCAACCCCAUGGACUCCACCUUUAUGUAGACGGAUUCCCUGCAGCGGGCACGACGGUGGCGGAUACGGCAUCAGUAUAGACGGUUCUGCCUCUUGCGGUACAUGUGAGACUGAUUUCAAGGACUUGGUAUUUUAUGCACAAAAAGAAAACUUUUUAAACUUUGAUAUCUGAUGAAACACUCCAGAUUCACUCCUCGCUGCUAAAGAGAUUUUUGCUAAUGUUUACAGCUCGCAGUCUGCUCCAGGACGGACGCUAACUGUUUCUUAAAGGUAUCUUCUUCCUUUAAGUCGUCAAGGCAAAACACAAUCACGAAAGUUGGCGUCGCAGUAACACACAUUCUCCACAUGGUGGCAUCAGAGUCCACACCAGCACAGUGUAUGGGAUGAUUCUACGGCCUCCCGCCGGGGUAUCUGCACGUUUCUGCGUUUCUUUCCCUGAUGACGGUACUCUUGACGAUGAGUUGCACAAAUUUAGGGUCUAUUUACACGUCCGUUUUUUCUUUCCUGAUCUGUUCCGUUUUUUGCUGAACAGAUCUGGACCAGAU